CUUCCAGUGUCGGGAUUUCAUCUUCGAAAGGCGUUUGGCGACAUUGGUCUUUUCUACUUCACGCAUUCUGGCCUCUGCGGCAGCCUCAAGUCUUGCUGGCGACUCCUGAAUGCCGCUCAAAAUGAUCAGUUUUGCUGAUCCAUCACAUUGCGCUCUGAAGGCCUAACGCGCGACGACGCGUCUGGCCUUUCCCAGUGGUGCUACAACUCGUACUUCUCUUAGUACUUCUGUUGCUACUACUACUGUUGCUGCCGCUGUUGCUUCUGGAGCUGCUGCUGGAGCUGUUGGCGCCACCGCCUCCUUGGAGCAUCGUAUCUUGACGUAGAGGCUGAGGCUUAACUCUACCAAGUGCUCAUCAUGUGCCCCAUCGCAGCUGAUGGUUUGGCACCAGGCCAAUCAUUGCUUAUCCUGCGAUCGGGCAGUACCGUAUUUUGUCCAGGACUGUGCUUGGGGCGGGCAUUCUCGUUCCAGAGCCUCCAUGGUUGAGUUCAAGCGAUGGAGCUCGCGUUCAGGCGCAACAACGAGCUGCACCCAAGCAGACAAUGCACAUGCAAUUUCAUCAUCGCCUCCGUUGUUUGCAGCUAGUUUCAUCUACUGCGCUUGUGUACAAGCGACUAUGAUGGGCAGAGUUUCGGGCCCCAGAGCCACGCACACAAGCUCGUUGUGCGAACUCGCCGCCACGGCGCACAAACGAUGGGACUGAAGAACAACCACCUUCUGGGGCCACGAAAAAGAAGAUCACUCUGUUAAUUUCCGUUGCGCAAGAGCAGCGCCUCAAUUUAGCGACGGCUCGCUUCAAAAUAUACGGAGCACCCACGACCAUGUUGAAACAAAGCUGCCAUAUCGUUAACCGGGUCGUUGUCCCCUGGGCCCGCCAAUCCCAUGCAACGCUAAUCACUAGGAAACCCAAUCUACCGGAUACAAGAGAAAGACCUGCAGAGAAAGACUUGCAGAAAUGCAGCGUGGGACGCAGAUGCAACUCUGACCUCUGUCCUUCGUGCAUCUCUUCUGCUGCUGCCCUCCCGCCGCACUUUCGACGUUAAAUUCUCAACGCCCUCUGGCCUUUUUCCCUGCCAGAAUCACGCCAUGGAAUCGAGGGGCUGAACCUGCCCAGACACCGCAUCACUGGUCAGAUCUUAAAGUCAAAAAGACUUUAAAACAACGGGCAUCGCCCGAUUAGCUCCCGCUUGGGCGGUCUGAACAGGCUAUCUUUAGUACGGGGUCGUUUUUGGAGCAAAAGAAUAAAGACCCCAGAUCUGCUCCGUCAUUGUGGGCCGCAACGCCGGACACCAACAAUGCCCAACGCAGUAUGGACGGCAGCGCUGCACACAGAGGCAAGGCCGCCUCUGUUUCCAGCUCAUCCACACAAUCGAUCAGAGUCACGUCCGACAACAACAACAUCAUCAUCAACACCAAGCCGUCGAAUGCGGUAACGCCAUUCGUAUUCCAUCAUGGGCGUAGGUAUCUACGAGAGCCUAGCUACAAUGAAUACCCCCUGCCUUGCGACGGACCCGAAAUACACCGUCAAAACCUGCAAACCCUGCUAGCCGUCAGGGCCUUUGGCAAGUCACUGUGCAGUCCAUUUGUGGAGAAGAAACCCCCGCAACGCGUGCUGGAUAUCGCAUGCGGGAGCGGAUACUGGUCGAGUCUUUGUCAUGACUAUCUUGCUGAAUUAGGAUGUCUAAAUGUUGAGUUCGUCGGGUUGGACAUCGCGAACAUUGCUCCCGACCUCAAGCAACAAGGCGUCAAUUGGAAGUUUGUGCAACACGACAUCAGGAAGGUCCCGCUACCCUUCGAAGAGGAGGAGUUUGACCUGGUUCUCAUGAAGGACCUGAGUCUUGUGCUGCCACUAGGUCCUCAACAAGAGCGCCUCUUUGACGAUGCUAUUCGCGUCCUGCGUUCGGGUGGAGUCCUAGAGAUAUGGGACACAGACUACCUCGUGCGCACGUUGUUACCUCACCCACCAGCACCACUCAGCAAACGGGCCGAAGAGCACGAACACGCCAUUCGCACCGCUACCUUUCUCAUUUCUCCCGCGACACCCUUCGCGAAAACGCAAAACAAGUACCUCACAGACAGCAAUAGCUGGAUCCAAGAUGCGCUCGACGCGCGCAAAUUAUCCCCCACUCCAUGUGGUAGAAUGCAGCCUAUGCUGCUCCAAGAGCCGGACACACUAGAGGACAUCGGCUUCCGUCGUGUGGCAAUCCCAUUCGGCGAAUUAAAAUGGGAGAGGGACAACGCAGCAAAGCGUGGUAAAAGCCGCGCAUCUCUUGCGGAUGCAGUCCCGUCUUCUCUGACGCCUGAACAGGCAGAUCUCAGGGCCUCAGCCUUGCUAAGUACAGUCAUGUUUAUCGAGAGUAUGGAACCAUUCCUGCGGAAAGUUAGUGGGAAAAAUGCGGAGGAGUGGACACGGUGGUGGAAUUGGAUGAUGACGGAUUUGUACGAGGAUGGCGGUGCCAACAACGGCGACUGCAUCGAGAUUGGCGCUUUUUGGGCCAGAAAAAUAUGACACGAACAUACUCUGUCUAGAAUGCAUUGUGCAUUCUAACGCGCAUCCUCAACAUGACAGCGAAGUAACGAUGCUGCAGCUAGACAGCUUGGAAAACGAUGGUCAAACCCGAUCGUAUCGUUGUCGCAGUGAACGAUAACGUUUGAGAUAGUAUCUAGAAGAGUAAGCCUGAGGUUGCUGAAGGCGAGCAUAAUUUCUGAACACACAAUGCUUCAAUUUCUGUGCUUUGAUGUCA